AUGGCGCUCUCCGCCUCCCGUCCGCAGCUCCUCGUACGUCCCUUUCUUCGCGGCUUCCACGCCUCUGCGCAGGCUCUGGCGAGGGUGGAGCCGCACGAUUUCUCGAAGCCGAGCGAGUACCUCGGGAGCUGGGAGCCCUCGGCGGCGGGCGACCCCCGGGAGGCAUGGGCGCGACUGGAGCGGCUGCGCAAGAGGUACGCGCACGACGUGCGGGGUCUGCGGCGGCAGUACGCCUACGAGGUGCAGCUGCUAGAGGCCGAGCGGCAGCGCAAGGCGGAGGCCCGCGCCGAGGCCGCCCGCAUCGCCAACGAGGAGCGCAAGGCUGCCAAGGCCGCCGCCGCGCAGACGCGGGCAGCCGAACGACGCGCUUUCGAGCUCGAUUUCCGCCAGGCGCUUAUGAAAGAAAGAGCUCAGAAGCUGGAGAGCUGGAGAGAGAAGGAGAAGCUGAAAGCGCAGAAGAAAGCGGAAGACAGGGAGCUCUUGCGCAGGAAGAGCUCUAUGUGGGUUGCUGAGGAUAAACUGGAAACCAAAGUUCUUCAGGCUAUCAUGCAUACCACACCUCUCUGAGGUUGAUCCGUUCGGCAACUAAGAACUGUAUCAUGGAAAAAGGCAGAAUGGAGCAGGAACAGAUGGAAGCUUCUUUGCAAUUCACUCCUAGAACUACAUUGCAGCUGUCUAAACAAUAAUAUGGUCGAGUUUGAAAAUUCAGCUGUAAAGUCCUCGUGUUGAUUAUUUGUUAGAGUGGAUGAACAUCAAGCUGAAGUUGGGUUUCCAGACUCGUUUUCAUCAGAUUCUCCCCUCAAAUUUUCGUUCUGCACAGUUUAAGCACCAGGACUCUGUUAUUA